GAGUCGUUGCGUCACUGCGCCAGAGUAAGGUUGGCCCCCGGGCAGUGGCCGGAUUAAGAUGCAUUAUACAAACGUCACUCAUUAUCAUUUAUGAUUGAUGCGCAGUUACUAAAUCAAAUAACUUACAUUCUCAGCCUUCCAAAGCUACUCCAGGAACUUUAGCUAAGAUUAUUAACAUUGCGACACGUACUUGCGUCUCAAUAUCCUAUAUCUAUUGUGAGAAAAACUAUUCAAUUAUUUUUAUUCGAGCAAAAUGGUGAAUUCCGACUUUUUUGUGACAACAAUCACAAUGUUCAAUAGCAUGGCAAGUGUAUUUAUAGUUUUGGUCCUGUCACUCUGAAUCAGCGUUCAUAGUAUAAGAAGCUGUCCCUCGGCUUAGAAUUCAGUCAGCUCUUGAAGUUUGAUUAGAUUUGUGAUCCCGAAGAAACAGAAAAAAAUAAUUAAAAUGUUGCGAGUUGUGGUGUUGUUCGCUUUUGUCGUUCUUUGCAACGGACAUGCUGUGCCGCUAGUGGCACCAGUACAUCAUUAUCCCCUGCUCACUGGAUACGCUGGUCAUGGGUAUGGGGGACAUGGAUACGGAGGUUAUGGCUACGGCGGCUUCGGUCAUGGAGGACUCGGCCACGCUGGACUGGGCUAUGGAGGUCUUAGCCAUGGAGCUCUCGGAGGUCUGGGCCAUUCUGGACUAGGUCACGCUGGUCUCGGUCUUGGAGGAUAUAGUGCUCAUGGUCAUGGUCUACUGGGUCAUGGGCUACUGACGAAGUCUGUGGGACAUCACAUUUUGAAGCGUUCUCCUCAUCUCGUUGCUCCGUUGGCUCACGUGGGUCAUGUUGCUCACGUCGCUCCCUUGGCUCAUGUGGCGCCAGUGGCAGUAUCCCACCAGUCGCGCCUAGACGUCCACUCUUCGCCGGCUGUCGUGACGUCAGUGGUUGCCCCAGUCUUGCACGCGGCGCCUCUUCUGCACAAGUCCUUCGUUGCCAGCCCCUUGCACUUUGGAGCAGGUUACGGAGGUUUUGGAGGGCAUUACGGACACGGCUAUGGCCACUACUAGUCCUGUACAAUUUUAUCAUGUGAAUAUUUUGUAUAAUGAGUAUGAAAUGCAAUAUUGUUUAUCUUGUGAUGAUUAGUUAUAAUAAGGCAUAAAAAAUAAAAACUUAAAUAAUA